AUGUGUCUUGGGGCUAGUUAUAGUCCACAGAGUCCACAGAAUCCACAGAAUCCACAGCGGUCCACAGCGGUCCACACACCAUCAGGCUAUUGGGUUUCAGCCUCCACUGCACUCUCCAGGCCCAGGCUGGCCAACGUCAACUACCUCGCCCUGCCCAUCUCUCAAGACGCAGGAAUUUUGUAUUACGCAAACCCGUGGCUCUUGCUGUCUACCACACCAGACCCCGACCCCGGGACCACCUUCCAAGGCCCUCUGCAACAAUCGACUUCUCUUGCUGCAGAUUUAUCCGAGGGAUUGAUUGAUUCUGUUGCCUGUGAGCAUCACGCGAUCAUGCAGCAGUGGCAGGUCGGCCCUGUGCCGGAGUACGUCUACUCCAACUCCACUCACCCGCCAAACGACAUGCACAAUCAUCCCUAUCAACCAGACAUGGCACGUCGAAACGAACAGCGCAUGGAAUUUCCCUACGCUGCCGCGCAGCCCAACAUGGCACCUCAGCAGCAGCAGCAGCAUCACCCAGCCCCAGGCCAGCCACCAAUCAGUGUCUCCCAGGCUCCAGGUGCUUCCGGUGCUCAGCAACAAGCGCAAACUCCAACCCCGGCGCAACAAGGCCGUCAGCGUAAGCGACCGGCUCCCAACACGGCACCGUCCCCAGCUACUGCUGCCGCUCCCGCUGCUCCCGUCCCAGCAAGCCAAGUUCAACCACCGGCCCCGACUCCCCCUACUCCCCAAGCCGCUCCAGCUCCUCCUCCGGCUCAGGCCCAGGCCCAGGCCCAGGCUGCAUCCGAAGAUGCCAAUACUACACCAGUGCAGCCGCCGCCGGCCAAGAAGAGCAGGACCAACACUCCAUGGACACCUCAAGAGGAGCUCAGACUGAAACAGAUGCGAGACGCUGGAAACAGUUGGGCAGAAAUUGCCAAGACGUUCCCUGCCAGAACAGAAGGCUCAGUGAAGAAACAUUGGUACAAGGAUAUGCAUUAUGCAGAGUUUGCCGAAGACGAGAGCCAGGCCUUGUUGAAUGCCAUCAAAGAGUAUGAAAACAACAAGUGGAAGGUGAUUGGUCAGAAGGUCGGCAAACCAGCCAAGGCUUGCGAACAAUAUGCAAAAGAACACUUCCCAGAUCUCUUCACGGCCGGCAAGGGACGGUAA